GCAGUCGCAUCCUCCCCGCCCCUCGCUGCUUGGGCUGGUCUUUGCAGCUUUAAGAGCCUCGCGCGGCCUGCAGGGUCCGGCCCGGUCGUCGCCUCAUGUUUUUUGCCUUUUUGCGGGGCUCGAGAGCUUCUGAGAGAGGCGCCUUGCCUCCAUUGCCCCCCGCUUUGCCUGCCCCCCUUGAAGUUAAAGCCUCCUUCUGCCCUAUCUCGGCCAGGGGGCAAGCGAGAGCGACUGCCCCUUCCCCCCCUUCUGAGGCGGUGGGGGGCCCCCAACAUGGCGGCGGCCAAGGAGGAGGGGCCAGGAGCGCGAGCCAGAGUACCUUAAGGACCACUUGCUGCAGUGCCUGCUGAGUCUACUCACCUGACUAGGUCAGCCAGGACAGGAGGGCCCUGUUCUUCGUGCCGACACCUGCUGAAGUUCAUUUGUUGAGUGUGCCAAACGGGACUUUUUCGGUGAUUGCUUUCAGACUGUGGAAUUCGCUCUCAGUUUGAAGACAAAACUGAUGCCGUUUUUGGUACCAUUGCAGAAAAACGAUGGUGAUGUGAAGUGCUCCAAAGGAUCUCUCCAGAUUGGGCAGAGCGGCAGAUGAGCCAGUGUGUGAUUGAGUUCUUUGGGACAAAGAAAGCCUCGCCAUAUUAUACAUCAAAGGCGUCUCAGUUGGCUGUGACUACUCGGGAAAGUGACUUUGGGGUCCUAGUGGAAAGCUCACUGAGAACGUCAAAUCGACAUGCAACGUGGUGACCUUGUCUGUUCAGAUAUGUCUGAGAAAACGGUCCACAACCUAACCCCUGCCUUUGAUAGCAUCCCCUACAGAAUGCAGAACCGCACAGGAUCCACAAACUCACUGCUGGAUGACAGUGAUUACUUCCUGAACUCUGGGGAUCUUACAGGGAUUCCUGUUGUUGGGAGUGACAAUGAGGACGAGCAGACCUUUGCGCCAAAGGAUGGUCUUGCUACUACCAUUCGCCCCGAGGAUAGCCGGGCAGAUGUGAGGCGAGUUCGGGAUCACGCAGCAGACAGUGAGAAAGACCUGCAGAUGCAAAAUGUGAUCCAGAAGGACCUUGCUUCCCCCUUUGACAAGGGACCCCCUGUAUUUAAGUCAAUUCGGAAAGAUUUUAGCAUAGCCAGAGAUGAUGGCAAAGAGACUUUUUUGACAAAGGAGAAAAGCAGAGAAGGACCUUUUCAAGAGCGUGACAAACGUUUGGAAAAAAAGCCGAAGGAGUUGGAUUCCAGAUUGAAAAGCAGUUUCCACGAUAAAUCAGUUACUAAUCAAGUAGAAGAAACGUUGCGGACACAGUUAGCACCACAAGCGCCAGAAACUAACUUCAGGGAGUCCAGCUACCUGUUUCCUAAUAAGGAAUCUGUUGGUCAAGAGUUAGGGAAUUCCUAUGCGCCAAAUAUUAGAAUCAAGGAAGAACCUUUGGACAACGACUAUGAUAAAGCGAUGGCACCUCAGCAGGGACUGCUGAACAAAAUUAAGGACGAGCCAGAUAAUACUGAGGAAUAUGGCCAGCAGCCAAAAACUCAGGAAGGGGAACUGAAGAUCAGUGCUGUAUUUUCGGUCAGCGGCAGCCCUCUCGCUCCACAGCUGACGUCCAGUUUCCCGCCUAACGCACCAUCCUCUGGUAUGAACAAGUUGCUUCCUUCGGUCCCAAGCACGGCUGUUCGCGUUUCUUGUUCGGGCUGCAAGAAGAUCCUCCAGAAAGGGCAAACGGCCUAUCAGAGGAAGGGUUCCACUCAGCUCUUCUGUUCCACACUGUGCCUCACGGGAUAUACUGUACCGGCCACCCGACCACCAGCUUCUACCAAGAAAACCUGCUCCAGCUGCUCGAAAGACAUUCUCAAUCCAAAGGAUGUGAUCACCGCUCAGUUUGACAACACAAACUCCAGUAAAGAUUUCUGCAGCCAGUCGUGUCUUUCCCUGUAUGAGCUGAAAAGGAAGCCUGUUGUCACCAUCCACACAAACAGUAUUUCCACCAAGUGCAGCAUGUGCCAGAAGAAUGCAGUGAUUCGGCAUGAAGUGAAUUACCAGAAUGUCGUGCACAAGCUCUGCAGCGAUGCCUGCUUCUCCAAGUUCCGCUCAGCAAACAACUUGACCAUGAACUGCUGUGAAAACUGUGGGGGUUACUGCUACAGCGCCUCGGGCCAGUGCCACAUGCUUCAGAUAGAGGGCCAGUCCAAAAAGUUUUGCAGCUCAACAUGCGUCACUGCAUACAAGCAGAAGUCUGCAAAAAUCACUCCCUGCGCACUGUGUAAAUCUCUGAGAUCUUCCGCUGAGAUGAUUGAAAGCACAAAUAAUGUGGGGAAAACAGAGCUCUUUUGCUCUGUGAACUGCCUGUCAGCACACAGAGUUAAAAUGGUCACAUCUUCAGGUGCUCAGGUCCAGUGUAACAGCUGUAAAACCUCAGCUAUCCCUCAAUAUCACCUAGCUAUGUCUGAUGGGAGCAUACGUAAUUUUUGCAGCUAUAGCUGUGUGGUAGCUUUCCAGAACCUGUUCAACAAGCCCACUGGCAUGAACUCCUCCGUGGUGCCCUUGUCGCAGGGCCAGGUGAUUGUCAGCAUCCCCUCGGGAGCGACGGUCUCGGCAGCUGGCAGCACUACCUCGACAGUCUCCCCCAGCUCCGUGAGCAGCUCGGCCGCGGCCGGUCUCCAGAGGCUGGCUGCGCAGUCCCAGCAAGUUACUUUUGCCCGCACAGUUGUCAAGCUCAAGUGUCAACACUGUAACCGCCUCUUUGCAACCAAGCCCGAACUGCUUGAUUACCGGGGCAAAAUGUUCCAGUUCUGUGGGAAGACCUGCUGCGACGAGUACAAGAAGAUAAAUAGUGUCAUGUCGAUGUGUGAAUACUGCAAGAUUGAUAAGAUUAUCAAAGAGACAGUGCGGUUCUCAGGCAUCGACAAGUCAUUCUGCAGCGAAGGCUGCAAGCUGCUGUAUAAGCAUGACUUAGCCAAACGCUGGGGAAACCACUGUAAGAUGUGCAGCUACUGUUUGCAGACAUCGCCCAAGCUGGUUCAGAAUCACUUUGGGGGCAAAGUGGAGGAGUUUUGCUCCGAAGACUGCAUGUCCAAGUUCACAGUUUUGUUCUAUCAGAUGUCCAAAUGUGAUGGGUGCAAAAGGCAGGGUAAACUCAGCGAAUCCCUGAAGUGGCGAGGGGAAAUCAAGCAUUUUUGCAACUUGCUUUGCAUUUUAAUGUUUUGUAACCAGCAGUGUGCAUCGGAUCCACCACCGCCCCCACCCCCGCCACCCCCGCCCCCACCAACUCAGAACAAUACAGCAAAUCUUUUACCCAUGACACCAACCUCUUCAGCAGGCCCUCCUCCGUCUCUCAGGAAGGAUUCCACUCCCGUUAUUGCAAAUGUGGUGUCCCUUGCCAGUGCUCCUGCUGCCCAGCCCACAGCUAAUUCCAAUAAUGUUUUGCAAGGUGCAGUUCCUACUGUGACAGCAAAAAUAAUUGGAGAUGCGAGUACUCAGACAGAUGCUCUGAAGCUGCCUCCUUCACAGCCGCCUCGGCUCCUAAAGAACAAAGCCUUGCUGUGCAAGCCCAUCACGCAGACCAAGGCUACCUCUUGCAAGCCUCAUACACAGCACAAGGAAUGCCAGACAGAGGAAGAAGAAGAGGUUCCGCCCAAAGUCCUCAUGGUGCCUGUCCCGAUUCCGGUCUUUGUGCCAGUCCCUCUUCAUCUCUUCACCCAGUACACCCCAGUUCCUCUCGGAAUGCCAGUACCCGUGCCAGUUCCCAUGUUCAUCCCACCUGCCCCAGAGAACACUGGCAAGACAGUAGAAACUAUUCCCGACAUCAGGGAGAAGAACUCUGCUAAUGCCUUUGAGGCAGAUCUUCUCCAGAUGGCAGAAAUGAUAGCAGAAGACGAGAAGGAUAAAGAACACUCUCGAGGAGGUUCCCAAACAUCUGAGCAUGAGCUGUUCCUGGACCCUAAAAUAUUUGAAAAAGACCAAGGCAGCACAUACAGCGGCGACCUGGAGUCCGAAGCCGUGUCGACCCCUCACAGCUGGGAGGAUGAGCUGAACCACUAUGCCUUACGCUCCAACACGCUGCCAGAGCCCGAACCGGAGCCGAGGCAGUUCUCGAAAAGCGAGCUGGAGCAGGACUUGGAGGCUGACUUCCCUUCAGAUUCCUUUGACCCCAUCAGCAAGGGGCUGGGUCUUCACUCACGUGCGCGAGCAAGGCGGAGACACAGAGAUGGUUUUCCACAGCCAAAAAGACGGGGGCGGAAGAAGUCCAUAGUGUCUGUGGAGCCCCGGAUGCUCGUGCAGAGCUCUUACCCGGGCUGUUCUGUCUCUGGAAUGAGUCUCAAGUACAUGUACGGCGUGAAUGCCUGGAAGAACUGGGUCCAGUGGAAGAACUCACAAGAAGACCAAGGAGACCUGAAAUUUGGAGUUCGGCCUGUGAAACUCAAAGAGGACAUCCUCUCUUGUUCCUUUUCGGAGCUGAGUUUCGGCUUGUGCCAGUUUAUCCAGGAGGUGCGGCGACCAAACGGUGAAAAGUACGAUCCAGACAGCAUCUUAUACCUGUGCCUUGGAAUUCAGCAGUACCUGUUUGAGAAUGGUAGAAUAGACAACAUUUUUACCGAGCCCUACUCCAGGUUUAUGAUUGAGCUUACAAAACUGUUGAAAAUCUGGGAGCCCACAAUACUUCCAAACGGUUACAUGUUCUCAAGAAUCGAAGAGGAGCACUUAUGGGAGUGCAAGCAGCUGGGUGCCUACUCCCCCAUUGUCCUCCUGAACACGCUGCUUUUCUUCAACACCAAAUACUUCCAGCUCAAGAACGUCAGCGAGCACAUGAAGCUGUCCUUUGCCCACGUCAUGAGACGCACCCGGACUCUGAAGUACAACACCAAGCUGACUUAUUUACGCUUUUUCCCUCCUUUCCAAAAGCAGGAGGUAGAAUCAGAAAAAUUAGUGGGCAAAAGAAAACGCCAUGAGGGUGAUGAAGUCCCAACAGCAGUGGAGAUGGUCGAGAACACUGACAACCCUUUGCGGUGCCCAGUUCGGCUCUAUGAAUUCUACUUAUCAAAGUGUUCUGAAAGCGUGAAGCAGAGAAGCGACGUCUUUUACCUCCAGCCGGAGCGUUCGUGCGUCCCCAAUAGCCCUAUGUGGUAUUCCACGAUGCCAAUAGAUCCUGGGACUUUGGACAUCAUGUUAACGCGAAUCCUUAUGGUAAGGGAGGUGCACGAAGAACUUGCCAAAGUCAAAGCAGAGGACUCUGACCCUGAGCUUUCAGACUAAAAGUUGGGAGAAGGGGGGCUCGUUCUCGCUUUCUCUUUCUCUCUCUUUCUCUCUCUCUCUCUCUUUUGGUUGGUUGUUUUGUUUCUUCCCCUUUCCAAUACACCUUGGCAAAAGCACCAAACUGUGAACACAUCCAGCCUUUGGAAAAUAUUCUCUGUCCCGUCAUGCCAGCUCUCAGGAGUGGACUGCAAGCUAGAAUCCAAGGACAGAAAACAGCAGAAGGCGCCAGAAAUGAAGUCUCCCAUGACUAUGACGGAAUCCUGAAAAACACUCUCUCAAGAUGAACUCAGUAAUUUUCUCCCCCUCCCCUUUCCCAAGUGGUGCUUUGUUGUGGGAUUAAAAAAAAAACCAAUUAUGGAUUUUUUUUUUCUUCUUAAAAGGAAAAACCUGUUGUGUAUAUGCUCCCCUUGGAACCAUGGAAGCAAAGAGAGCUAGAGAAAACCCUGGGAUGCUUUUGUGGUGUAGCUGCUGCCCACAGAUAUGUGGGGUUUCCUAACACUUUCCGUAGGAUGCAGAGCAGAGCGUAGUAAGGUGGAAACCCAGUGGAAAUGCCGCCUGUAACAUACAUACCAAUUUCCCUCCCUGAUUCUCUCCCCUUUGUUUUCUAUAAUUACUAUUUUUUUUAAAACUCAGAUCAGAUGCUUUAAUCAGGCUGAUUCAACCAGAAGCUGGGGACGAAGGAGGACAAGGCAGUUGCCAGAGGCAAAAAUUUAGUGGUGGUGCUGUGAAAUCCCCUCCCUUUUGGAAUUAUGGCUAUGUUGCAUCCCUCACGGGGCAGCUGAUGCAACCUCUCUUAGCAGAUCACUACAGGAGACCACUAAUUACAGAACAUGAUGCACACAGAGACACACACAGGUGCUCAGACUUGGACAAAUAGGGUUUGAUGUAAACAUCUGCCAUUGGCCUACUAUCAAAUGCCAAGAUGCACAGAAAUGGUUCUACAGAAGUUGUGCUUCCCUGGUCCCCCAUUAGUUUUUCUUUACUCUUUCCCAGCAGCAGCUUCUCCAUUCCUGUCCUCAUUCUUGGUGGUUUUUGUAUUUCCUGCAAUCUGGAGGAAGUAGUCUCUUGGUUUCUGAAAAAUUGCAGUUCAUCUACCCACCCCCACCCCACCCCAUUCCACUUUUAUCUUUUUAAAAAGCCCAAUAGCAUUCCGAUUCUUGGGUGAGCUUUGACUCUCUACUCGCCCUUUCCUUGCUGGGAAGAGCCUGAAGAGGUGCAGAAAUAAUGUCUGAAGUUGAAAGCAAACAUUUGAUGAUUUGGCUAGAACUGCCAUCUCCUCCCUGCCCCCAUAAAGGGGAGGUCCAACUCUCUAAAAGGCAGGGAACGAAUACCUUGCUUAGUCAAAUCUAGUUCAUUAUGUUCUCAAAUGAAAGACUAUUUCUCCAUGUCGCUGAGCACCUAGAAAUCCAACGUAUUUUUUAAAAAGCGGAUAAUUGUAUGUUUUUAUUGGCAGUUUAGUCCAGGCACCAAAUUUCUAAAGUAGAGUUCUGGUUUGUUGGGUGGUUUGUGUUUUUUUUUAAAAAUUAAGGCUCUGGCCGAAACUUUACAGCAUUGAACAAAACCUCCUUGUGUGUGUCUUUGGGGUAUUUUUAACAGUAACAAAGGUGACAAUAAAAUCAGAAAGUACUCUCUCUUUCUCUCUUUCUCUCUCUCCUCUCUCUCGCUGCAUUGUGUAUUUGGGUAGUCCUGUCCCUCCCACUUGUAAUGAAGUUUACUAAUGUAUUUUGAAAAGACAGAAAACUGUGUGAAAUGUUUUUUUUAAGUACUUGCUCCCACACUUUGAUUUCUGUACAAUCUAUGCCUCCCUCCCUCUCCUGUUAAUUCUGAACAUAAAUUCCCACCACUUAAUUUUAUAGCCUGAGGCAAAGUUGGAAAGCAGAGGGGAGCAGUAAUUCUAACUGGGCAAUGAUCUUUCCAGUAAACUUCCCACAGUUUUGAAGUACAUAAACUUUUCUAAGUGUUUUAAAAUUCUAAUCCCCUUUCUCCUUCCCCCUUGCCCGAACCCUUGUAGCACUAUGAAUAAGUAGUUGAAUAGCAGACACACUGUUAUGGGUUUCAACAGCAAAUAUGUUUUUUCUGGAACUUAAAAAAAAAAUAAUAAAGUCCCUCACAUUUUUUAAAAAAAUUGAGCCUUUUUUCCCCCUCCCAAACUUAUACAAUCCAUUUACUGUAUGGCUGUAAAAGAAAAAGGAAAAAAAGAGAAUUUAAAAUGUGGUGUCUUGGUUGCAUGUGAUUCUGCCCAGAGUCCUCUACUAAUCUGUAAUUGAGAAGUCCACAUUAGGUAGGAACUUUUCAGAAGUGCAGCUAUUUAUGUCUGUCAGACUUUUAUUUUAUUUUUUCUUAGGAAUUGUGUGAUUUUUUUUCCUUCAGGGAAUAAUGAGCAAGGGAAAUACCCAGACCAUCUUAUUGAAUUCUUAUGAGGAAAAAACAAAAUCUUUCCCCAAGUUUUCCCUUGAUAGGAGUUAACAAAGAUUCCCGUAGAAUAAAACAGUAUAUUUGUAUAUGA